AUGGACAUUCCACUUUUGAGUGCCCCUGCAAAAGGUAAGACGGCGUGGUUGAUCAGGCCUUAUGACUGGACCCUCGAUCCUCAAAUGCAGCUUGGCUUUGCCGCCAAAGCAAUAGCUCGGUCGAUCGUGAUGCGCACUUUCAACGACGCUCAUUGGUUAUUAUUGUACGGUGCUGUGCUGGCUGCAGGCAAUCAGGUGGGUAACAAAAAAACGGGAAUCUCACCACACUGUAAACCGACUCUAACACAUACAAAUUGCAGUACUAUUUUCCCGAUUUUUUUGUUACCCACCUGGCAAUCCGAAUCCCCCCAAAAAGGGCCAAGGACGCUUGCUGUUCGGACACAAGGGACUGACUACGAUGGUCCUGUGGCAGUUAACGACAGCAUCAUUAAGUAUGUCGAUCUUGCUGCAUGA